GCACGUUUCACACGGACUUGUUUUGAAUACGCACCGAAAAGCCCGGGUUAGAGGAGCGUGGAGGAAAAUGAGUGCAGAUAACAGAGGCAGUUCAAUGUCCUAGCCAGGCAACCAAUGUGGAGAAGGUUGCUGCUGAGGGGCACCACCUGUCUCUUGCAGGUGGAAGACCCUAACUUUCUCCACCAAAGACACAUUUCAUCCCUGUGUUUGAGACUUGUCACUCAGAGGCUCAUUCACAGGCCUCCUGCUGCUCCCUCUGUGCUAAGGUUUCCUGGUGCAGGCUACUUCUUGGCAAACAAUGAGACAAGGGCGUAUAAAAAGGAUACUAAAUCCACUGUGGAGCUCCCUGUAUGUCCCAUCACAGUCACCGAUAUCAAACAGUACAUACGCUCCAAAGAUAUUCCCUUCCAUGAUGGCUACAGUUGCCUCCACAUCCCGAGCAUCUUCGUUGAGUCGUCUGCCAGGAAGGACAGUUUCUCCCUGUUCAUCGACAAAACCACGGGCCAGUUUCUGUGUAAAGACACACUGGUGGAAGGGAGCUGGGAGGAUCUCCAGGACUGUCUGGAGGUGAUGCAGAAGGAGGAGCAGGACUUCCUCAGCCCCCAUGUGCUGCUGGGAUAUCCAGAGAGUGUGGAGGAGCAGGAGGAGAGGGAGAGGGAGCUGAGGGAGGUGCAGAGGAUCUGGUCCAGUUCUGUGCCCCUCACUGACGUCCCAGAGGAUGAGGCUCAGCUGAUUAAAACCAUGUUCCAGAUCCCAAAGGUCUCAAAUGCAACCCUCAAGAAGUUUGGUGUGAGGCUCUUCAAGCCCACCAAGAGUCUGGUUUUCCCCUGGUUCGGCGGGCCUGACUCCUCCUUGAAGGGGGUGAAGCUCCUCUCCGCCCAAAACACAGACACUGACAAAGUGACCUAUAAUGAAGCUACAGUUCCAAAGUGUAGUUCUUAUUACAACCUGUUUGGCCUCCCCCUGGUGAACCGUAUGGACUCUGAGUUGGUUCUGACGGGUCAUGAGCUGGACACUCUGGCUGUGAGUCAGGCCACAGGACUCCCCAGUGUUGCUCUUCCACGUGGGGUCAGCUGCCUUCCUCCGAUCCUGCUGCCGUAUCUAGAACAGUUCAAGCGGGUGACGCUCUGGCUGGGAGAAGACAUUCGCUCCUGGGAGGCGUCGAAGAUCUUUUCUCGUAAGCUGGGUCUGCGGCGCUGCUCUCUGGUGCGACCCGGGGAGUACCAGCCGUCUCCCGUAGAGGCGCUGGCACAAGGGAAAAACUUGAGCCGCAUCAUCAAAGCCUCAAUCCCAGCGGCCCAUAAAUCCAUAGUGUCCUUCAAGCAGCUCAGAGAGGACGUGUACGGGGAGCUGCUGAACACAGAGCAGGUGGCUGGAGUGAAGUGGAUGAGGUUUCCAGAGCUCAACCGGAUCCUGAAGGGACACCGCAAGGGGGAGCUGACUGUUUUCACAGGUCCUACUGGCAGUGGGAAGACCACCUUUAUCAGUGAGGUGGCCCUGGACCUUUGCAUGCAGGGCGUCAACACAUUAUGGGGCAGCUUUGAGAUCAACAACGUGCGUCUGGCUAAGAUCAUGCUCACACAGUUCGCCAUGCAGAGGCUGGAGGAGAACCUGGAGCAGUACGACUUCUGGGCGGACAAGUUUGAAGAGCUGCCGCUCUACUUCAUGACGUUCCACGGGCAGCAGAACAUCAAGACGGUUCUGGACACGAUGCAACAUGCUGUCUACCUCUAUGACAUUAACCAUGUCAUCAUUGACAACCUGCAGUUCAUGAUGGGGCAGGAAAACCUCACAGUAGACAAGUUUGCAGUUCAGGACCACAUUAUCGGGGCAUUUAGGAAGUUUGCCACCAACACGAGCUGCCACGUCACUCUGAUCAUUCACCCCAGGAAAGAGGAGGAUGACCGCGAGCUGCAAACAGCAUCUAUCUUUGGUUCAGCUAAGGCCAGCCAAGAAGCCGACAACGUCCUCAUUUUGCAGGAGAAGAAGCUGGUGACGUGUCCCGGCCGCAGGUCUCUGCAGGUGACCAAGAACCGUUUCGACGGGGACGUGGGCAUCUUCCCUCUGGACUUUAUCAAGACCUCGCUCACCUUCUCAGCUCCCAUCAAAGGCAAACACAAGCUGAGGAAAGUCCCCAUCAAGCCAGACGACGAGGAGGUUGAGGGACAUGAGGUGGCGCCGAAGAAGGACGACAUUAAAAAGGACAAGGCAGAGAAAUCAAACAAAACAAAAAAGACCCCACGACCUGUUAAGAGUCCUACAACUGGAAAGUAAACCAUCCAAGUGUAUUCCUAAACAGUAUGGAUUUCUUUGUUGUACCACUUGCACAUUCGUAUUACAAGUCAGAAAAGAACGAUCAAGUCAAAACUUUGCCCUCAUGUCUUUAACAUAAAAGAUGAUCUUGUAAGACGGUUUCAUGUCCAUAACAUAAGCUUCAAGAGAGCUGAACGUACAGUAUACUGUAACACACACAUGAUUGUAUGUUAUAGAAUAUAUGAAAUAACAGUUCUUGAAAACUGUUCUUGAAAACUAAAGAUUAAUUUCAUUACACAAUGAAGUUUGGAGCCACAAUGUGAAAUAAUGGUAGUUAUGUGUUGUUCAACUUCUGUACAGUUCUCAAAGCUUUUCUGUGGAGACACUACUGUAUAAUUAGAAUGAAUUCUUUGCUAAAAGUGUUGAUGAAAAACUGUUAAACUUAUUCAAUUUCAAAAUAUACUGUGACACAAAGAGCUACUGUUUUUCAUGUUCUGUAAAACACCAACACAUGUCCUGUUUGCCAAGAUGAUACAAGCAAUGACUCUUUCUUGAAUCAUCAAAUGAGCUGCUUUUUUAAAUAAAAUGCUUGUGAUACAGUU